GUAAUGAGGAAUUCCCUGGCGAUGACAAAUGUACUCGUAUUAACUGCGACGCCUUUAUCAGGAUGAAAACAACCCCUCUGGCAAGGCUGGCCCCGGUGGGAAGAAAGAACUUCAACCUUUUGGAACAAGUAAUUCAAGGUUUCAAAUCUGGUCUUCUCGAAGAUGCCGAUUCAAAGAAUCAUGACGCAUUUCUGAACGAGUACGAACGAUAUCGAGUAUGGGCGAUUGAAUCCGGACUGUUGGUUCCGGGCCACGGCUCCCUCGAUUAUCGCCUACGCGAAUCAGAGACUUUGACGGAAUUGUUUGAGGUGAUCCUCAACGGCCUAGCCCAGAAUCUAGAAGAGACUCUCGAACUUGGGCGUCCACAGAAAGGCGGCGAGGGUCGAUCUCGCGAGCGACCGGAUAUCACAGGGCCACGAUCUGACGACCAGGCUUGGUUUGAGAACGAGAACGACGACGACGAUGAUGAUGACGACGUUGAGCCACAAUCAUACAUUGACAUCCUCCUUGAGGUCAUUGUAGGCUUUCUGAACCGGCUUUUCAAGUUGUCUACAAAGAUAAGGAAUCCUUCCACAAGACUUGGACUCUCGAGAGCUAGGUACUUUGAGAGCAUAGACGAAGCCACUGGCGUCGACCUCAUCAAAGCGUUCGCACAUUAUGAUGACGACUAUGUCCGGUCUAUCUUCCUCCAAUAUCGUCUGGAAGCUCCUGAACAGAAUCGUGCUCAAGAGAAACAGGAGCUAUCUUCUGCGACAGCACCUCAAAACUCCUGGCACAAAACCGAGGCUUGCGAAUUGUGUCAGUCCCAAGGCUCGGUACCUGAAGGCUCCAUCAUAUCGGACGGAGAUCAACCGUAUGAUGGUCUCGAUGAGGACGAGCAAAGUGAUGAAGACAGAAGACAACUCCAGAAUCAAACAGGGACACAUUAUUUGAUGCACCGGAUUGCGCGCGCAAACAACCAGCGUCGCCAACAAUUUGGCUACUGGAAGAAGCAUUACAGUAAAUUGCAGAAGCAUACCGAGAUCGCCUUCCACACACCACGACCAAGACUUUUGGUAGAGCAUGAGAGGCAGCUUGAUUCUGUCCCCGUGGAACAACAAGAACAGCACUUGAAUGUCAGAUCAGCCCGCAGUCCAUUGUUCUCUUUGUUAGCUCCGCCAACAGUGACAACGGCCACAAGAUUGGAGCCGAGCUUAUUGAACAGCAUAGAUGAGAAGUCGGUAACAUCUGUAUCAGAAUACGCACCUUCUGUAUGGGCUCCGGAUCGUGAAAAUAUCGGCUUCCCACCGCCACCGCGAAAGCCAGUUGGUGAGAAAUUCUUUGAAUGCCCUUAUUGCUUCACCAUAUGUCCAUCCCAGAUUUUGUCGGAUAAGGCAUGGCGAGCACAUUUGAUCCACGAUCUGCGGCCUUUCAUUUGCACUUAUCCCGACUGCCAGAGCGCUGGCCAGCUCUAUGACACACGAGCAGCGUGGGUGGAACAUGAAAACACCAUCCACAGAAGACAAUGGCGGUGUCCAGAGCACCCUGAUUCACUCCAUUCCUCAUUGCAAUCUUUCGAGGCACACGUCAAUGCAUUGCAUGGGUCCGACGCGACCUACUUGCUCAGCAACACUUUUGUACAAGCCUGCCAGUCGUCCUCGCCUGACUGUGAUCGACCAUGUCCUAUAUGCCUCUCUUCUUCCUUCAGGAAUGUGAAAGAUCUACAGUCUCAUGUCUCACGGCACCUGAUAAGAAUGUCGUUGUUUUCCCUGCCACGCUCCACUGAUGCUGACGAUGGUCGGAGUCAAGUCGGUUCUGAUAUCGCAGUCGGAGAGGUGCUGGAUUCGAGAGCUGAUGACGAUGAGAUUUCGUCUGAGGGCGGAGAGGCGUGGGAUGAUGUUGCAGAAGCGGCUAGAUCUGGAGACAUUGAAAGAUUGACGAACAUACUUCGGGAAAAGCAGGAAGACGGCAUAGCUGUCGAAGUACUAAACUAUGCUCUCUGCAAAGCAUCAGAAAGAGGCCAUGCAGAGAUUGUGGAGCUACUUUUGGACAACGGGGCAGACAUUGAAGCCUCAGACCGGGAAUUGACUCCAUUGAUGGAAGCGUCGACUCUGAAGAACAACAUCGAAGUGGUCCGGUUGCUCCUCAAUAGAGGUGCGGACGUCAAUGGAGGUCGCGGCUAUGACACCCCCUUGACAUUUGCGGCCGGAAAUGGUUAUAUCGAAGUCGUGCGUGAGUUACUGGCCGCAGGAGCAGAUCCAAACAAGAUGAUGAACGACGGGUAUAGCGCAGCGAGGGCGGCAGCAGCAGAGGGUCGACUUGACUUCUUGAAAUUGCUCAUGGAACAUGGUGCGAAUAUCAAUGUACCAACAUCACCUGCCUUACCCAUAGCAGCGUCCAUGGGCCACAAAGAAGUGUUUGAACACCUUCUUGCGAGUGGAGCAGAUAUUGAGGCAAGAGAUGUAAACAGCUAUACCGCCUUGAUGGGUGCCUCGGCAGGGGGUCAUCAACAAAUGUUCGAAGAACUAUUGCGUCGCGGUGCCGAUCCCAGCCCUGUCGAUGAAGAUGGAAAUACGGCUUUGACCCUUGUAUCGGGGACCAGGGGAGAGAAAGUCGAAAUCGCCAAGAUGUUGAUUGACAGUGGUGCUGAUGUAAACCAUGCCAAUACAGCUGGCGAUACCGCAUUGCAUGUCGCAGCAGCAAGAGGAUACGCAAGUAUGGCGAAGACCUUGAUAGACGCUGGCGCAGAUCUCGAGAAACCGAACCAAAAGACUAACACGCCGCUGCAAGCUGCUUUAAAGGCCCGCAAAUAUGAGGUCGUGAACAAGCUUUUAGAAGCAGGUGCAAUUGGAAAGGCGCCACCAGACCCUAUGGACGAGGUGAUCCUGCCUCAGCCAGCUGGAGGCGCGAUACCUUCGAGGAAAUCACCCCCCAGACAUCCAAGACAUUGGUCAAUCGACACUCCCCCAUCAUCGGAAAAGGCUCCACGACUGACACUUCUCCAUGAUGUCGCAAUGACUUCAAUCCUGACUGGCGUAAGAUUUUCUCCAGAUGGCAGAUACUUGGCAGUGGCCGGACAGGCUGUGGCGUGGUUGGUAGACCUCGACGACGUGGCCAAAAUGUUCGAGCUUCCACAUUCAGGGUCAGAUCAUGCUGAUCUAUACGUUCGUUCUAUUUGCUUCUCUUCGGAUGGAAAAUCGCUCGCAACAGCAUCCGAAGACGACAUAGUACGACUCUGGGACGUCGACAAUCUGAAAGUGAGACAUAUUUUCGAGCACUAUAGCCAAGAGCUACUUUCGGUAACCAUAUCGCCUGACAACAACAUGAUUGUGUCUGGCUUCCGUGACGGCAGUAUAUUCAUAGAUGACUGUGCCACGGGGGAGCCAAUCAGCAGCUUCAGGAUAAAAGGGUCCGCUACCUCUGUAGCUUUUUCGCCGGAUAGUCACUUGUUGGCAGUUGCAACUGGGAGUAGCAAUGUUUUCAUCUGCAAAGACCUGCGAGAUGCAAAGGUACCCAAAUGGAAUCUCUCAGAGAUAACGCAGUCGCCCACCGACGCCGUAUACAAUGUCGCCUUUUCAUGCAGCGGGAAACAAUUGUAUUGUGCCAGCCUCGACAACAAUAUUUAUAGAUUGCACUUAAAGGAAGAAGGCGAAGAUGAGUCAAUGCGCUAUUGGAGCGAGGUCUUGCGCGGGCAUGAAGACUACGCCCUCACUGUGGCACAGACGAGAGACUGCCAGUGGAUUGUGUCCGGAUCCAGAGACAAGACGAUCAGGGUAUGGUCCGAGGAAACUGAGGAGUCCGUGGCAAUUGUCAAAGGUCAUCAAGACUCUGUCAUCUCAGUUGCAACGUGUCCAGGGAAGAAUCUCAUUGCCACUGCUUCUGGGGAUAUGACUUUUACGGUGUGGCGAUACGAAGUCGAGUGA